AUCAAAAGAAAAAAAAAAAAAAACUCCGAACUUGAAAGAAGUUGCAGUGUUUGAAUAAAAAUGUAUCUUUUCUUGAUUUUCCGAAGUUCUUCUGAUGAUUAGGGGGGUCUUUUGAGGUUAAGAGUUUUAUUUCGUCUUCAUCUAAAUUUCAUUCCUCCAGCGGAUCUUAUCGAUGGAUGAGAUUUAUUUACCGAGCGUGGAUUAUUUGAUUACUGUAUAGAGAAAGGGGAUUAGAGGUUAAGAUUAACCACUUUGUCAUUUGGGCGAAGAUGGCGAUGUCGAGAGAGGCUCCAUCUUUGGUAAAGCUUUGCGUUGGAACUGUAAUUGCUAAUCUUAGGUACGUUGGAGAUGUGAGUGGAGUAGAUUUGCACCUUUUGAAGGACAUUUUACCUCACUGCACGAUGGAUCAGUUGAUUUGCAUUGAAAAUUCAACCCAAGAUGUAGAUCUCAGUCCCGUGACUAAUGAUUUGUGGAAAAGAUUCUACGAGCAACAAUUUGGGGAGGAAAAUAUGAUGCUUGUGGUUAAGAGGAUGAAGCAGAAGCGAGUGGUUUUCAAAUGGAAAAAGCUCUACGAGGCAAAGAUAAAGGAGCGGGAAGUUUUCAGAAGUAAAUCAGUAGAGAGACUAAAGCAAAGAUAUGAAGAAGAGCUUGCUAAGAAACAGAGCAAACAAAUACAAAUCUGUUCAAAAAUUCCACCAUCUGGCAAUAAAAGAAAUUUUUCUUCAGUUAGUAGCUCAUACAAAGUGUCUCAUAUAAAGGGUAACCUCAUGAAGAAGGCGAAAUUGGAGUAUCUUAAAAGUAGGGAAGCUUGUAUACAUGCUUCUAUGAGAAAAAAUUUUGAACACAGAAAGAGCCUUCCAUCUCAAAGUUUACCUAAUUCAUCAAAGUCGAUCAACUGUCUUGGCAAGAAUUCAGCAUCAACUUCAAAACUAUCAAAAUCAUUUAGUACUAGAGGAUAACUCAAUCUUGGUUUUCAAAUCUGGUGCUGCCCCAUAAUCAGCCUCAUCUCUUUUGAUUGUUAUCAAAUAAUCUGUAUAUUCAUUUUGUUCAUCUUGCUAACAUUUGAUUUGACCUGAAUUAAAAAAAAAAAAAAGUUAUCUGUUGUAGUUGAUACUAUCUAAAUUGGUAAAUGCAAUUUCCUGGAAUUAGUUUCAAACGUUGGAAAUC